UUCUGUUAUCACAGAAACUGAUAAGAAUUGAAACAUGUGCUUCCAUAGUUUCAUUUCAUUUCAAUAUUCAAAUUACUUUAAUUUUCAAGUAACUGAAUAAUUCGUGUAGAUCUAUGUUUAGAAGUUCUCGAAUUUUGAAAAAUUUGUAAUGGAUAACUCAGCAUCAUCAGUAUCAUCAGCGUCAGAUGACGAAAAAUCGGACGCAGCGAUCGAAAGCUACGAUUCGUACAGCGAAGAAGACGAAUUCGAAAACGAAGUACUCGGCGAUAAUUUUUUGGAUUCUAAAACCGUCAGUAAAAACAAAUCAUCGUCCGAUAACGACGACGAUGAAAACGACAUCGAUAACGAUGACGAUAGCGAAGGAAACGAUGAAAACGACAACGCUUCCGAUAGCGAAGGAAACGAUGAAAAAGACAACGCUUCCGAUAGCGAAGGAAACGACGAAGGAGAUAUGUUAAAUGUGCAAAAUAAAUUGAAAUCGAAUCCCGGAUGGGCAGACGCCAUGGCUAAAAUUUUAAGAAGCAAGAAAUCACUUAAUAAGAAAGCCAUCGUGUUAUCCAAAGCUAAAAAGAUUAAAGACGUAAAACCGAAGAAAGUCGAACUCGACUUCGAAAUCGUUGGUGCGGAAAACGAGGAAAAUGAAAAACCAAAUUUAGACGAAUUGGAUGAUAAAAAAAACGUAUUCAACAGAAAAUCAACGACGAAAGAAUGUGAAACAAGAGGCAGAGUUAAACCUUCUAUAUUGGAUAAAGAUCGCGAACGUACUUUAAUGAAAAUUGCUACGAAAGGCGUCGUACAGUUGUUUAACGCAGUAAGGCAACAACAAAAGACAGUGGAGAAGACGAUCAAAAAAGCCGGUAAAUCGGAAUUGAAACGUGAACGAAUGUUGGAGUCAAUUGAUAAGAAAAAGUUCCUCGAUGUUCUAGCUGGUUCAGUUAAAAGCACACCGAUUGAUAACGAAAUUAAAUCAGAAGAGAUCCCUAGUAAACAAAAAUGCACGUGGGGUGUACUCAGAGACGAUUUUAUGAUGGGUGCAAACCUAAAAGACUGGGAUAAACAGGAAUGAAGCUCGUGAAACUCUCCAAGCUCAUAAUGUGAUAUUUUCUUUACACUGUUUCUAAAGCUACCGUUUAUUUUAUAAGAUUUACGAAUUCGUGAAGCGUUUCAUUUGUUAGAUCACAUCUACCAAUUCGUAAACUGAAAUGUUGAGUUGAUUUGAAGGCGUGAGAUUGGUUGUAAAAAAAGGUUGUAUUGUCAAAGAAUUCAAUGGUAAAUUGGUAGGUAUGUAUUGAGUUUUUUUUUUUUAGGCAGAAAUUCAUAAGUACUUUAAAUUUGUCGUUUGGUGUUUGGUCUCAGAAAGUGGUGUUGAAAAUCAGUAUAGUCACAAGUUCAAGAGUAUUGAUAUUGAAUUCAUUUUGAAUGUGUUUCCUACAGCUUCGUGUUUCUAUCUGUCUGAAUUCUGAAAUCUGUAAAGAAAUGCUGGUUCAUUAUUAAGUACUUACCUAUAGGCCUAUUUAAUUUUAUAACAAUCUACUUUACGAUCUGUAUGAAAUUAUUUAUCAAAAUAAAAUGCGUAAUUCCGCUCUGUUUUUUCACUUUUCA